AAAGUAUAUACCAAAGGAUAUUAUCUGAUCCUUCAAUUUUGGCUGAUGUUGCAGCAAUCCAUUAUAUCAAACCUAAAAACUAUGAAUCUCUUAUUAAUAAAGUUCAAAUUUUGAUUAGUUCGUGUGAGGACGUAAAUGUUUUAAAAUGUACUGCAAAGUACGUUGCAAACCUUUCAGAACAACAAAUUAGAACAAUCAUCCUGAAGGCUGAAAAAGAGUAUUUAAAGAAACUAAAAGAUUAUGAAGAUGAAUUGUUUGAUCUGCUUUUUCUGGAUAAAAUUUUUGAAUUUUCUCUUUCAAAAUAUGAAAAUACUUAUUUUAGAAUAACAAAUGCCCUACAUAAAUAUGAAAUAAAUCCAGAAUGUGCUUUAAUAAUUGAAAUAAAUGGAUUUGAAACAAAGAAUAAAGCAACAUACCUUAAUAUCUUAGAAAAUUGUCCUGAACAUGAAACUAAAUAUUCUUUUAAAAGAAGAAGUUGGCAUCAUUAUCUGCCGUAUGGUGAGUGGCCAUCAGACUUAGAAGAAUUUCAAAGUAUAUUUGAUAUACCGGAUGAGCUCAAUGAUCAAAACAUUAUUGUUGAAGAAAAAGUUAUAAUUAAAAAUCAAAUCGAUGAUGAACCUAUUAUUUUUUUAUCAAAUGCUACUAUUCUAUUAAAUGAAGAUGCAAAACCAGGGAUUAUCUAUGUUCGAGUUUAUAUUAAGAAGGUUGAUAUAGCUCUUACAUAUAUAUAUAGAAAUAACUUAGCAUACCUUCUAAUUGUAGAAGCAAAACUUCUUAAUGCACCCUUUCACAGAGUUUAUGAUAAACUCUUACGAUCAAUAAAUGAUGCAAUAAAUAGUUUUCUAAUUUAUAUAGCAAAGGAUGCUAAGAAUAUUACAAGUAUACUAGAAAAUCUUUUAAAGAAAUUAAGAUGGAUAGCAAUUUUUGUUGCUGAGGGAAGAUUUUCUUUGAUAGCUAUUAAGCUUAUGAAUAAUUAUCAACUUCGGUUAUGUUUUCCUAUAGGUGAAGCUAGAGUUCCU